GCAGGUGCAGGUGGAAGGGCGGGAAAGCUGCCGUCCCAUCGUGUCCUUCAAGCACGCCACGGGCUUUUCCGAGACAUUAUUGCGCGAAAUCAUCAAGCGGGGUUUUCAAGCCCCCACCCCCAUCCAAGCGCAAGCCCUGCCCCUCGCUUUGGCGGGUCGCGACGUGCUGGGGAUCGCGCAGACGGGGAGCGGGAAGACCUUGGCCUUCGUGUGGCCGGCCCUGGUGCAUCUUAUGGACCAACCGGAGGUGGUCAAAGGGGAAGGGCCCAUCGUCUUGAUCCUCGCACCUACCAGGGAACUGGCAUCGCAGAUUUAUGUGGAGG